AUGCACGGAUGUCCUUCAUUAAUUGUUAACGAUUGCAGAAUUCUUCACAGCAAUGGAUUCACAGAAGAGGAAAUUAAUGAAAAGAAAUCAAUUGUGUACAAUAAUGUCGUCACGUCAAUGUGCACAAUUCUCAAGGCAAUGGAUAAUGUGCUUCACAUUCCUUUAGAGGAUGGCGAAAAAGAGGUUAGUUAA